UAGCAAACAAUUUCAAAGUAGCAGCAUAGUGUUUGGUACUUUUAGGUUAGAAUAGCUGUUUUCAUAAUUAAAAUAUUUUGCUUUGAUACGACAAUGUCGCGCGAUCGUCACGAGACGUUCGCACAUUACACACUAGCUGAUGAUCGAACGUAACUUCACCGGAUGGAGUUACUCGUCGCACAUGCAGAGGAGACUAUCGUGGAGUGACAGAUUGUCGAAGAACAAUAUUUAUAACCUCUUUAUUAAAACGAUUCUAAUUAAAAUUAAAUCAUUGGUGAUCUCUUAUUUCAACGGUGUACGUGGAUUUGCCGAGAGAAAUGACCUCAAACGAAGUAGCCGUGUCGCUCGGUGUUGCCCGGGAAGACAUCAACUGGCGGAAAGAUUUGAUUUCGCAAUUACGCGAGAGAAACAGAUCGCAAACCAAUUGUUUUGCAGAUCUCAUUAGCCUACACAAUAGAUUAUUUGAAAAUGCAAAUACAUUGCGAAAUUCAAAUAUGCAAUUGACAAUUGCAAAUGAGACUCUUCGUCGCGAAGCAGCCAAUGGUGGUAUUGGCAUGGGUGGAAAUCCCGAUCUCGAAGCUAGACUCUUAAAGCAAGCGGAAGAAUUGGCAAUGCUGCAUAAAAGGAAAGGAGAACAUACGCAACAAAUAGUAGAUCUCAAUAAUAAAUUGCAGGAAAUGACAAAAGAACUUCAUGGAAAGGAAGUUAGUCUUGCAGAAAGUUCGGAAGCUAAUACUAACUUACGUUUAGAAAUAACUAAAUGUCUUGCUAGAGAGAAAGAUUUAGAAGGCAUUAAUCAGAUGCUCAAAGAUGAACACCAAGCCUUGCAACUUGCUUUUGCAUCUUUAGAAGAAAAGCUUAGAAAAACACAGGAAGAAAAUCGACAGCUGAUCGAGCGUUUAAUAAAAUAUAAAGCCAGAGAUGCGGAAAAGAUGAAUGAAGAAAAUGAUAACUUUUUAAGUUUUACGAGCCCAACAACCUUUUUGAUGCAUACCUUAUCAAAAUUUGGGAAGAGACAAGCAAAGAUGCAAAAGGAAUUGGAAGAUGCAGCCCGAGAUACGCGACCUGUUAGUCCGGAUCGUUUAAGCUUAAAAGAAGUUGCUGGUCUUCCGACAGCAGUGCCAACGAAAGUAUCCGUAACGUUUAGUGCCCAUGAGGGGGAAGUAUUCGCUGUUAAAUGGUCGCCUACUGAUAGAAUAUUGGCUACUGGAGGUACUGACAGGAAGGUGAAGCUUUGGAGCAUUAAUAAAGAUACAUCGGAAAACAAGGGUAUCCUCGUUGGCAGUAAUGCCGGUGUGAUGUCGGUGGACUUUGAUUCAACAGGCACUCUUAUUCUUGGAGCAUCCAACGAUUAUGCGAGCCGCGUUUGGACCGUCAGUGAUCUUCGCCUAAAGCAUACACUCACGGGCCACUGUGCAAAGGUGAUGGCAGCAAAGUUUCUUGGCGAACCAUCGAAAGUAGUUACAGGAAGUUAUGAUCGGACUUUAAAAAUCUGGGAUCUGCGCAGCAAAGCAUGUAUAGAAACGAAAUUCGCCGGUUCGAGUUGUAAUGAUCUCGUAACUUCCGACGGAGCUGGUUCCACGAUAAUCAGUGGUCAUUUUGAUCAAAGGAUCAGGUUUUGGGAUACUAGAGCCGAAUCCAGCUCAAAUGACAUUCUAUUAGAAGGAAAAGUUACAUCUUUAGAUUUAUCCCGUGACGCAAAUUACCUUUUGAGCUGCGUAAGGGAUGACACGGUGAAACUGAUUGAUUUACGAAUGAAGAAGAUUGUCGGAUCGUUCAGCGCUGACGGUUUUAAAGUGGGAUUCGAUUGGACAAGAGCUGUUUUCAGUCCUGACGGACAGUACAUAGCGGUUGGUUCUGCUGACGGUUCCGUUUUCAUCUGGUCUAUAGUGACGAAUGCGAUCGAAACAAUACUGAAAGAGCAUACGUAAUUUGUCCACUGGCUCUCAGAGCACGGAAAGCGAAAACGCGAAAAAUCCGUGAAAAGAGAAAGAAGCGCGAUGCAGCGAGAAAGUGGCAUAGACAGCAACAUAUCUUGUCCGCGUGCUUUCAGCGCCCUUUCACCUAUACGAAUCACGUUGAUGGACACGUUAAUCGGCGGUAUCUCACGGAGAAUGCAGUAUAAGGAUCGCUCCUACUAUUGA